GCUGGGGAAGGGGAGGCCGGGGCAGCAGCGGCCCCGACCCGCAGGCUCUGCCCCCUCUCCUCCUGCUUCCCCCCCUUUGCCAACCAGCCGGGAGGGGAGGCCGGGCCGGGGCUGAGCGUGGUGACACCUGCACUGCUGGCGCGCUGCUCCCCUCCGCCCCUUUCCAGAUGUUCCUUGGCCUCAGGCUGUCGCUUCCCGCCUGGGAACGAGCACUCCGCUUGGAAGCGGGGCCGGGCUUCAGACCGUGGCCCCGCCACUCCUGUGUUCAAGUCCGCAAGCCUCCGUUUCCGCCUUGCCGCACCUUUCCUGAAGAUAAAUAUGGCACAGAAAAAAAUAGAAAAGAAAUGGACAUUUGUUGAGCUCCUGCGUGGCCACGUAUUAUGCAAACCGCUUCUAUCUGCCACGUUCAGUCCUGGUUCCGUGGGUUAGCACUCCCAUUGCACAUAUGCUAACCUCCCAGAGUUGGACUGAGUUUUCUCACGUGUCCAUGGAAGGGCAGGGGAGGAUUCAAGCGGAGCGGUUUGACCUCAAAGUGGGUUUCUUUUCGUCAGACGCUUCCUUUGGGCUAUUGGCUGUUCUGCAGCCAAACCCUAGGCCCAGAACAGCUGUUUCCUGAAUUUCUACUUUUAAGAAUGCUCCUUUUCGGGUUCCCUUUUCCAGCACAGUAUGCUCCCCACUUCCGCCUUGAUUGCUUCAGAAAUUAAAUGCAGCAAACAUUCGCUGCGUGGUGCAGGGCGGUGAGCGCUUGGAGUCAAGAGCCUUGGAUUCUUGUCCUGGCUCUGCCACUUGUCCGUGGUGGUGGGCGCGGCCCUGGUCUCCUGGGUGCUUCAGCUUCCCUUUGAGGAACAUGGGUAAGUGCCUUCUGCCUGGCAGGCUCUUGCCCAGUUCUCCCUUCCUGUCCUCCAGCAGGUUUUCCGUGGAGGCCCAGACCCCUCUGCUCCCCAUGGGCAGCUGUCAGGCAGGGCACAACCUGCAUCUCUGUCUGGCCCACCACCCACCUCUGGUCUGUGCCACUUUGAUCCUGCUGCUGCUUGGCCUCUCUGGCCUGGGCCUUGGUGGCUUCCUUCUCACUCACAGGACUGGCCUGCGCAGCCCUGACAUCCCUCAGGACUGGGUCUCCUUCUUGAGAUCUUUCGGCCAGCUGACCCUGUGCCCCACGACUGCGACAGUCACAGAGACGUGGCACGGGUCCCACGUGGUGGGCUUGCUGACCACCUUGAACUUCGGAGAUGGUCCAGGCAGGAACAAGACCCAGACAUUUCAAGCCACGGUGCGGGGUAGUCAGAUGGGAUUGAAAGGUGAGAUGGAGGACUGUGGGGGUUGGACAUCAGAACACUCAGGGGUGGGGCCUGCCCCUCAACUCACCAACCUGGUGACCUUAGGCACAUCCCUUAGUCACUCCUACUGUAAUGAGGACUAGAUACUUACAGUGAAAACGAUGCCGCUGGGUAGG